AUGCAUUCUAAUAGCGAAAGCUACUCACUUGCUUCAAAAAGAACUGACAGCGUUGGUACAUCCCUUGAAACUGAAUCAGAUUUUGUUUACGACGAUGAUCUAUUAACUGAUGUUCAAAUGAAAUUUUCUGCUGUUGAACAGAGUCCACAUGAAGAAGUAGCGGCAAGUGUCCCUAAUACAGAUGAUAUAACAACCGUGAAUAAUUCAAUUCGAAUGUGGUUUCUUGGGGUUAUUUUCGCGGGAGGAUUGGCGGUUAUUAAUCAAUUCUUCGAUUUUCGAAGUAAUCCGUUGGUAAUAACAACGUUAAUUACGCAAGUAUUAGCGAUGCCCGCUGGUAAGUUUCUGGAAUAUAUAUUACCAAAACGAAUUUGGCGUAUAGGAAAAUGGCAUUUUUCAUUAAAUCCCGGUCCAUUCUCAAUGAAAGAACAUACAGUCAUUACCAUAAUGUCGAAUACAACGACUUUCAGUUUCGGUAUGGAACUUAUCGCGGCAAUACACAUGCAUUUUAAUCGAACACUUAAUCAUGGUGUUGCCUUAUUUUUAAUAUUAACAGCACAAAUAAUGGGUUUUGGCAUGGCAGGUAAACAUGUUUGUUUCUUAUUAAAUAGGCAAUGA